AAAAGGACUUCCAUCGCCCACAGUUGGAAGACGUAAUCGACGCCAGUUGAUGCUGUAGUCACCAUGAGAGUCAAUAUGGCAUCGGGAAAAGCUCGUUUCCACGAAAUCAGCGUGGCGCUGAUGAUAUUAGUUUUGUCUACGACCGAGAUUUCCAGCGCUUUUGUUCCGCUGCCAAUUCUCUGUAGAGCCAAAGAUUCCGUCUUGGGUUCGUCGGUAGGCGGCGAUGGCCCACCACCCUCUUCCGGAAAUAAUGGUGACAAGAACGACUGGGAUGACUUCUUAGAUCCCAACUUUAAAGAAUCGGAAGGUUUGCAAAAAGCAAGAGAGUACAUGAGUGAAAAUAGUCUACCCAUAUCCUUCGAUGAGGAAGCAGACGAUGGCUUACUUGUCAAUGAUGACAGCAAUGGGCAAGCGCAAGAUAUAGUGGUGGAUGAGAAGAAAUCGAAUGUGUCAUCCUCGGCACUUACUCGACCCGACGGAGACGGGGGAUUAUUCACCUCGGGGCUAAGCGCAGAGCAGCUUGCCAAAAAUCCAUAUGUAGCUGCCGUAUCCAGACUUACGCCAUCCGAGCUCAUUAGCAAGUUCACUUCGACGGCACAUCCCCGGGUACAAAAUGCUGUGCGGCAGACCGUGCUCGGCCUAAUCGGAGGCCUACCCAAAAUGGCGUUCGAAACUACCACUAUCACCACCGGGCAGCGGUUGGCGUCUCUCAUGUUUCAGCUUCAAAUGACAGGUUACAUGUUUAAGAAUGCAGAGUACAGGUUGAGUCUUCAACAAAGCUUGGGCCUCGAUGGGCACUCCGUGAAUCCGUCCACAGAACGCUUGCUAUCGGCAGUCGACGACGAAGGCAGUGAUGAUGAUAAUGAUGAUACACAAAUGGAUACGCUCAAGGGGAAAAUUCGAGGAAAGUUGCGCAUCCGAUAUCCCGGUUCAAUGAAGAACACAUUAGACGACCCAGAAAACCAAAACGACGUGGACAAUUCGAACGGUUUGCAAAUGGAGGUUGAUGCGGCUGCGUACAUGUCCGAGCUGCGAUCGGAAGUCUCGCAACUGAGAGAUGAACUCAAAAUUACGCGCAGCGCGAAGGAAGAUGCUCUUCGCAAAGAUCUCUUACUCUACAUUCGAACACUCCCGGAAAAGGAGCUUCGAUCACUGACCAACACUAUGGGUCCAGACGUACUAGUGGCUAUGAAGGGCCUCGUCAAAGCCGUCAUGACCGGAAUUGGGGAGGAUGAAAUAGGACCCGAGACGGUUACAGAGCAAUCUAGCGAAGCCAUGGCUCAACUAUGUAUGUGGCAGCUCGCGAUUGGCUACAAUCUGAGGACGUUGGAAGUACGGGAAGAGAUGAAGAAGUCGUUAAAAGGUAGCACUGUGGGUGGGCAGGAUGGCGAUUUGGCCAGUGGAGCGUUUGAGUAGUUUACGUUAACAAGGCUCUUUUGGCAAAGCUACACCUUGCCUUUAAUUAUGUAUUCAUAGCCAGUAUUGCAAGU